AUGUCCGCCCUCAAGAAAUUAUUCAAAAGAAAAAGGAAACAUCAAUCUAGCAAAGCGUCUCAGGGUUCUCGGGGGUCUCAACCAGAUCUAAGUGAUGAUCACUCGGAGAACCAGCCUACAAUAUCAGUAUCAGGUUUCGAUCAUGGAGUUGCAUUGUCAACACUAUCUCAAAACCAAACAAAUACGGCUUUAUCAUCAUCUUUAAAUGCUAAUACGGUCAUUUCAAGUACCCCUCCAUCCGCUUCUCAACAAGAUCCAGGGCAGCCUAUCGAACAGCAUCAGUCUCCGAGUCGGAUCAACCAGGACCGCAUUGUGGAACUAAGCAGAGGGACCACAGAAGCACUUUCUGUAGUCAAGGCUGCAGCAGAUAUGACCUCAGCUUCAGGACCGUUGAAAGCUGCUUGCGGUAUUGUGACGCAGGUGUUGCUCAGUGUUCAGGAGAUGAUAGUUGUUGGUCCCGAAUGGGAGUCUCUUGCCGAAACGCUGGGAUCUCAAUCAAAAGGUUUAGAAUUUGAGCGGGAGAGAUACGAACAACAGGAGAAAUUUGGCUACCCCGUUGCAGCAAACGAUAGCUUUAGGAGCUCAUUGGAAAAUUACCUAGGGUAUGGUGCAUUCUACUUCUUGGCUGCCGAAGCAAAAGGAAAACAGUAUCUGGAAUCGGCUCUCAGCAGUGUUAAACGGGGUGCCCAGGGUCUAAUAUACAUAAGUACAGAGUAUCUCAUCGAAUGUGAUCAGGCACAAAUAGAGACUUGCAUCGAAUUGGUGCUCAAACCGAUUCAGAAUGAUAUAUUGAAAACAUAUAUCGAUACGUUUCUGGUCGAUAGCGUCGAGGCUAGAGGGGAUCGUGUGCCUCCACUCCUACCGGGGACAAGGACAGCACUCAUCACUCGACUGUGUGAGUGGUCCAAAGAUACAUCCCUCUCGGAACAAAUAUUCUGGCUUUGUGACGAGGCUGGGACAGGCAAGUCCACCCUCGCUGCGCACAUGGCUUCUCUAUGGGAGUCGCAAGGGAUACUCGCUGGGAGAUUCUUCUUCAGUAGGGAUGAUAGAUACACGGACAAUAUCGAUCGGUUCUGUGUCACUAUCGCCCGUGACAUCGUCUCAUACCACCCAGGCACCCAGACGCAUGUACGACAGGUGUUGAUGAACCACCCCGACAUUUCUUCCUCUAGUUUCUCGGAAAUUUUUCGUCUUCUCAUCGUGAAAUCAGUAGAAAAAGCCAGUCAAAUGAUCAACAAACCGCUUAUUCUUGUGGUCGAUGCAGUAGACGAGUGUCACCCUGAUGGUAUCUUGGUUCUCGCCGAAGAGCUACGCCAUGCAAUGCCAUCUACAGGCAUUUUCAAAGUCCUCAUGACCAGUAGAUAUCUCCUAGCCCUAGAAGAGCUCCUACAGGGCUCUGCCCAUGUUGGAGGUCGGGACGCUGUGUUACUGGAUGUCAAAGGAGGAGCACUAGGCAGCGACGUGACAUUAUAUAUCCAACAUCAACUCCAAGGGUUCGAUGUGGAACAAGUACAAGUUGUCAUUGACUGCGCGAAAGGCGUUUUCCUUUGGGCCUACCUGGCGUGUACGGCAUUGAACAACACAUCAGCUCCUUCCAAACUUUUGGAGCGGCUCAGGUCUAUGAUUCCUGACAAGCGGAUGAGGCAACUCUACGAGACCGUCCUAGAAGAGGCAAUGGACAAUAUGGAUUCUCUUGAAUGGCUACGGAUAGUUUUGUGGGGUGUUAUUCUCACUUAUCAGCCUGUUUCAAUCUUUACUAUCAAAAAGUUCUUCGAAGUCGACCAGGACGCCGAGGAAUUUGACUAUGUGGAGUAUUUCGUGAAGAAGCUGGGGAGUAUUAUGAAAGAUGGCAAACUUCACCUUCCGAUCUACACCCUACACCCUAGUUUCCGCCAAUAUCUGGAAGAACAAACUGAGCAGGCUAAAUUUUAUAUCUCUCCUCCCAUGGGACAUGCCCAAAUUGCCAUCGCCUGCUGCCGUUUGUUGAAGUCUUUAACUCCAGGAGCUCUAGAGGGAGUGAAGCCCGGAAGACCAUAUAAGACGGGUAGACCGGAAAAUAAUCCGGACUCUAUUAUGCGAGGCUCUAUGGCUCCUGUGCGUUAUGCCGUCACGUUCUGGGCGAGACAUGCCAGCCUCGCAAUUCAAGAUGAAGAUCUACGCAAGGAGUUGCUUACAGUCCUUCAGGAAAAGCUUUUGGUCUGGAUGGAAUGGUCAGGAGUUCUCAAAGAAAUAUCCGAAUGUCUUCGUGGCCUUGAUCUUCUCCACACUUCUCUUCUCAUGCUGGGAGAACUAGAAAUUCCAACCGAAUGGAAUAAGAAUUCGCUUGCAUUAUGUCAAGACGCCUCAAAUCUGCUUAAGCGCUUCUCCUAUCUCAUCAGCACAUCUCCUCUCCACACUUACAUGUCGGCACUCGCUUUUACAUCCCACGAGUCACUUUUAUUUCAAACAUACCACGACAAAGUCCCAAAGUUACUUCCAUGGUUCAAAACUCAAUAUGUCGAUCGAACUACACCCCACAGAGAAGUAUUACGUGGAGUAACAUUUCAAGAUAUACUUGUUUCUCCCAACGGCAAGCGUUUUCUCCCUAUACCCAACAAUUCAGUCCUGCACUUGUUCAAUGCAGAUACUGUUCAGUUGUUGGCGACAAUGGAAGGGCAUCAUAGUCGAGUUAGGAGUGCCGCCUUCUCUGCCGAUAGCUCCUGCAUUGUUUCGGGAGGAGACGAUUCCUUUAUAUGUAUUUGGGAUGGGUCUUCAGGUAGACUUAUUGAGAUGCUCUCCAUAGAACAUGAAGGAGCGGUUACUCAUGUCACCUUUUGUAAAGGUGGUAAUACGAUCAUCUCUACAUCCAUAGAUGGGACUAUUAGAUGCUGGGCAAGAAAUCCUUCCGAAAGAAAUGGACGUGCUCAGAUACUACACACUCAACCCAAGAGUGAACCUAUCACUGGAUUAGUGGCGUCACUCAAUGGAAGAUUCUUGGCAGCUUGUUCUCAGACCCCAGAGGUGUUACUUUGGGAGGUAGAAAGCUUGGAACAACCCUAUAAACUACCUCAUAACAGUAAAAUUUGCAAAAUUUUGUUCACAAGAGAUGGUCGCACACUCAUAUCCGGUUGCGAGAACGGACAAGUGUGCAUCUGGGAUACGAGAACCUCGGCGAUAAAACAUACAAUCGACGCUCACGAUGACGCUAUUCGAGACUUAGCGAUCAAUAGUGACAACUCAUUCUUGGUCUCCGGACCGAAGUAUUCUGAGCAUCCUAGUUCGAUCAGAAUCUGGCGUCUGGCUGAUGGACAAGAAGCCUGUCCUCCAUUAGAGCAAGACAUCCACGGAACCCGCGCAAUCGACUUGGACCGUCGCGGUAGGCGACUCGCAAUUAUCUCGACAGACGAGAUUCACAUCUGGGACAUACAGCGAACUGGCAAAAAAUGUCUCGCUCGUCGCAUAGCUGUCCUUACAGGUCCAGAAUGGGAUAUACUGGCCAUGCGCUUUCUCCCAGAUGGCGAGAGGUUGAUAUCCUCCAGCUUGGACCGCACUUUGCGUUUAUGGGAACUCGGCUCAGAUCUUGAUUACGACAUGAACCAAACCAGAACCAUUAAAUGGAAGACCAGCGAACAGAGCGGGGACGUUGUCAUUACCUGUUUGGCCUUCUCUGGAGGAGGCGAAUACAUAGUAUGCGGUAACACAAACUCGACUCUUCAGCUAUGGGAUACAAGAACGGGUAGCGGAAUAGGUGAUCCAUAUAAAAUACCUGAAGCGCCCGAAUUCGUCACGUUUAGUAUUGAAGAACAUGUCGUAGGGUGGGGUGGCAGUCAGGGAAAUGUAGGCCUGUGGGGGGUCGAUACUCACUCACAACAGCACGAGACUAUCUUCAAGGGCCAUAAACAUCGUGUUAUCUCGGGGUCAAUUUCGCGAAGUGGGCACCUAUUUGUCACCGGCAGUGUUGAUCGUUCAUGCAAGGUUUGGAAUACGUCAACUGGCAAAUGUGAGGCAACGAUUGCCUGUACAGAGUCUGUGGGAGCUGUUGCUCUUUCAGAUGACGAGUCCUAUAUAGUCAUGUGGGCAAAUGAUCACUCUAUACGACUAUGGAGCAAUGUCGCGCGGGCCGUGAUUGGUGACACGACCAAUAUGGUAAUUCAGACUAAGGUGCAAUUAGCCGCCAGAGCACCAUUCCUACAGUUUUCACCAGAUUCAUCGAUGCUUCUCUGCACUUCGAAUAGUUUAGGCAUCGAAUCGAGUCUCGAAUUUUUUACUAUCAACCCGGCAAACGGUUUGGAACGAAUUAUAAGCAAACAGUUUCCAUUCUUUGGCAAUCGACCGAGCUUUUUUGCAGACAGCAAGCAUAUUCUCUAUGGAACAGAGAUAUUCGAUAUCCAAAUUCCAUCCAAUAAUGGUGACAAAUGGGAUCUCCGUCCGCUUGAUGACCAGUUUGUCAUGGAGCCACUCGAGCCUGCAUCACGACUGGUUUAUCGAAGAAAACAUGGAAUGUCGGAGAUAUACUCCAUUCGACACGAAGAUCCACUGCUCAUUCUUCCUCGCGACUUUUGGGUACAGACUUGGGCAUCCCAUGGGAAUCUAAUUGCCUUUGGCUCGAAUGAUGACCGCUUGCUUUUACUUUCUUUUGCAGAUGAUGACUUGUAA